AUGCCCAUGAGGGUGCAGUUUGAGGACCGGGAGGUGCUGAGGAGGCUUUCCGAGGCCUGUUACUCAACAAAACUAGGAAACAAGGUAUCUGCAUCACCAGCAUCCGACAGAUACAUCUUGCUAUUGUCACUAGCCAGGGUCAUCAUGCCUCGUGGUCAGAAGAGCAAGCACCAUGCUCAGGAGAAACAGCUCCAAACCCAAAGUGAGGCUCAGGCUUGUGGAAAUGAUCAGGCAACAGCAGAAGAAAAACCAAAGGCAGCAAGAGAGUCCUCUGCUGCCUCACAGAGGCAGCCUAGGGCUAAGUCUUCCAGCACUCCCAAGGCAAGUCAGAAAGCAACACCAUCUGCCAAAAUUAUUCUGAGUAGUUCUUCCUCAGAAUCAGAUGAAAGUUCCUAUGAGGACUUUGAGCCAAGUAUGCAAAAGGAGCGCCCUUUUCUGCACCAAGAUCUGAUAGCAAGGAGGGUGGCAAUCGUGUUACAGUACCUGCUCCACAACUACAAUUUGAAGCAGCUCACGACCAAGGAAGAAAUGCUGAAGGUUAUCACCAAGAAGUAUGAAAAAGACUUUCCUGAGAUCCUCAGGAAAGCCUCUGAGAAGCUCGAGGAUGCCUUUGCAGUGGAAGUGAGGGAAGUCAACUCCAGUCAGCCCUCAUACAACCUCAUCAGCAAGCUGAAACUCCCCAACAAUGGGAGGAUCCGUGCAGGCAAAGGCUUACCCAAGACCGGUUUCCUGAUGAGUGUCCUGGGCAUCAUCUUCAUUCAGGGCAACUGCGCCAGUGAAGAAGACAUGUGGGAAAUCCUGAAGAAGAAGCAAAUCUACCCAGGGAAGAAGCACCGCAUCUUUGGUGAGCCACGGAAGCUCAUGACCCAGUAUUUGGUGAAGCUGAAGUACCUGGAGUACCGGCAGGUGGCCGACAGUGAUCCUCCACGCUACGAGUUCCUGUGGGGUCCCCAAGCCCAUGCUGAAACAAGCAAGAUGAAAGUCCUGGAAUAUUUGGCUAAGAUCAACAAAACAAAGCCUAGUGCCAUCUCAGCCCUUUACCAAGAGGCUUUGAAAGAUGAGCAGGAGAGAGCAGAAGCCAGGGAUGAAGAUAAUACUGACACCACUGACCAGUCUACUGAAGAUUCCCCGGAAAAAUCUCCAGCAGCUUCUACCACCCCUGUUGAUGCUUGA